AUGGCCUCGUCCAGCGCCACACCAGACACCAAUAUCAAGGUCGACGACCUCAACUAUCAGUUUCCUGAUGGCUCGAAAGGAUUGUCGAAUGUCUCUCUGGAUCUCCCUCAGAAUAGUCGGACACUUUUGAUUGGCGCCAAUGGUGCUGGUAAAAGUACGCUCCUCAGGCUCCUUUCGGGUAAACGUCUUGCGCCAAACGGUUCCAUCGUCAUUGGAGGGGUCGACCCGUUCAAAGAAGGCCUCGAAGGUGUGACAUAUCUCGGCACUGAAUGGGUUCUCAACCCGAUCGUUCGAACCGAUAUCGACGUGCCGACUUUACUCGGAUCUGUGGGAGGAGAUUACUAUACGGAGAGAAGAGACGAGCUGGUUGAAAUUCUCGAUAUUGAUAUGUCAUGGCACAUGCACUCUGUGUCUGAUGGAGAGAGGCGGCGUGUGCAGCUUGCCAUGGGCCUGUUGAGACCAUGGAACCUACUCUUGCUAGAUGAGAUCACCGUGGACUUGGAUUUGCUUAGCCGAAGCAACUUCUUGGAUUUUUUGAAACGGGAGACCGAAAGGAGACCCUGCACUAUCGUCUACGCAACCCAUAUCCUGGACAAUCUGGCUCAAUGGCCGACUCACCUGGUUCACAUGCACAUGGGCCAGGUACGGGACUGGGGUUCCAUGGAGAAGUUUUAUAGCAACCGUCCUCGCAUGUCGGAGAACAGCCAGCUGGGCGAGUUGGUUCUCGAAUGGUUAAGGAAGGACAUGAAAGAGCGUGGGCCUCGCCCUGGUAGACCAGCAGAGGCUAAAGCGGAGACAAGGAAUUAA